CAGUUUUAGUCGCGAUGUGAUCGGACGCGUUUGCAGCAGCAGCAGCAGAGUUUGGUUCGACGCGCGUGCCUCUGCUAGUUACUUGAUUUAUUUUCCGUUUUAGGAAGUCGUCUGCGUUUCGUCCAUCGUCAACGUCUGUCACACAUCAUUACGGAGGAUGAGCAGCGUCGCGACGCUCCCUCCGGUGUCCAGAUGGAGCAGCAGCAGCACAUGGCUAUUGCCGACUAUCGUCACCUUCGUUAGUGACUUUUGUGUAGUGAUUUAGUUUUUAAGUUGGGAAGAAACGCACACGCACUAUUACGCGUGACACAACUAUUUGUUCGAAGACUUGCCAAGUGUGUUGAAAGAGGAAAUCAAGAGUGAGCUGUAGUGCCUUCCCUCUUAAAGGCCAGAAGGGGGUUGGGCAACUCCUAGAAAAAGUUGCAAAACAAAACAAACUAAACAAACUGUCGAAAAGUAUCGGCGUUUCAAAAGCAUUGUUUUGACUGCGAAUUCUGUGCCAGACUGAGAAUUCUCUCGGUCAAAACAAGGGGGACCGCCACUUUUUUAUGCCCGAGCCUGCGCCAAAACACCAACUCUUGUUUAAAAUCACUCUCGCGGUUUGGAGUGGCCAAAUUUCGUAAGAGAUGGCCACUGGAGAGGAUUAUGCCAUCGUCGUGGGGACUACACCACCAACUCCACCAACCGCCGUUGAUGUGUUCGAGCUGUACGAGGUGUUUGGAACCGACACCGCAGGCCAGGCCGAGGAUUUUGGCGAUGAUCUGGACGAUCAGCUGUUCCUGCUGGGAGGAGGAGCUGGUGGCCCGUUGACACCGGAAGGGCUGGCCCUGUACGCGUACAUCGGGUUCGUUGUUGGCGGUGGAAUUUUGCUCAAUUUGGUGCUGAUCAAAGGGAUUUUGCAGGCCAAAUACAGUGGUGCCUUAUACUUCGUCCUCCAGCUUGCCGCGCUGGACAUCUUCACCCUUCUGGUCAGCAUCUGGGAGCUGUUUUACAUCGCCCACCAGCAGUGGAUGUUCGAGCCGGACUACUGCACCUUUUACAUUGGGUUCGAAUCGCUGACCAGCAUCGGCAUCGUUUACUUCAUCAUCGGUCUCAACUUCCACUCGAUCUCAACGUACAACCUGGCCCAGCAGAUCUCAACCUCGAACGAAGCCCUGACCGACCUGAGUGACACCAACUCGGACUACAUGAUCAGCGCCGAGGAGAACAACUACGAGGUGGCCACCGAGCACAUCAUCCAGAAACGAUCCCUCACGAUCGACUAUCGCCACCGGAAGACCAACAUCUCGGUGAUGUGGCCGGUGCUGAUGAUCUGGUUCGUCGCGCUGUCCGAGUCGUUGCCGUUGUUCCUGUUUUCGGACGUGAUCUCCACCGACGAAGACGUCAAGCUUUGUACGGUGCUGAUCAGCGAUCGGACCAACCAUUACAUCAUCCAGUGGCUUGUGAUCUCAAUCCGGAUCGUCGUUCCGACCGUGACGCUGGCUGUGACCACCGGGAUGACCAUCUUCAAGUUCUACCAGGGAAGGAGGUUUGCCCAGCCAAGCGAAGUGGAUGAAAAUGUGGCGUUUAUUCUGAAAGUGGCCAUUUUCCUCUCGCUAACGUAUGCCAUAUUCUCACUGCAAAAGCUGUACGGAUCGUUGCUGUUCGAGGUGCUCUCGAAACCGAUUCUCAGGCAUAAGUACCCGCGGUUUGACAAACGAUCCGGGUUGAUAUUCUCAUUUCUGCACUAUUUCUUGUCAUUUUUGCGACCACUGGUGGUCAUCAUACUGUGUAAACUUAAGCACAACCACGUGGAUAUUAACUUUAUCUACCGAAGCAAUACAAAGAACACGGACUUGUCAUAAUAGGUUAAGAAAUGCAUUU